UCGAGCUAAAAAGAACGUACUUUCAUCGUGUCGGGAGAUACGUGCAUCGUGAGUUAUGAGAAAUGCUUAAAAUAUUGUUGACACAUAAAAUAAUUUUGUUUAAAGUUGCAUGAAAGUGGCAGUGUGAAUCGUGGAUCGCUUACGUGUAUAAUUAACAUGGAUUCAGUUAAUUGCCGAAGGGGUCCUAGCAAAAGGUUAAAUUUGUAAUUUCGUCGACGAAGAUUCCACUUAUGCGAUGAUCAAGCGUAUAAAGCUGGAACCAGAAGCAAUGUUGUCACAGGAAGAUGAUAUCAUGGCACAAUUGCAACAAGAUAGCUCUGACUUGGAAGUUGAGCCCAGUUUCACUUUAGAAGGAACUACAAACGACGACGAAGAAUGUCUUGUCGCAGUAUUAAUGCAGCAUAUGGAGAUUAGAGAGCCUUUAUCUACAUUAAGAAGCCUGUUAGAAUCAAAGCUUCAGAUUGAUUUGUCAGAUUAUUCGUUUUGGUUACAAGAUGCACAGAUGUUGGAGAGUGAUAAAACCUUAGCAGCUCAGUGCAUCGAGGGACAAGGAGUGGUUCAAGUUAGCAUAGAAAUAAAGAUCACAAAAGAAGGUGAAAGACGUAUCAACAUUGUUGAUGUUCUUAAGCCUGCGGAAAAUUAUGUCGAACUUGAGGAAGCCAAUUCUCCAUUGCCUGCCAAAAAAAAGAAACGGCAAAUUAUGAGAUGGAUGGUAGACCCAUAUUACAAAAAAGAACAGGAUCGUUUGAAGAUACCAGCUGAUCCAAGAGAUUGGGCAGAAGCACACGUUAAACACUGGCUGCAGUGGGCUGUUCGACAAUUUAACUUGGUAUCCAUACGGUUGGCUGACUGGAGCAUAACUGGGGAGCAACUGUGUGACCUUACUCUGAAAGACUUCCAAGCUAAAGUGCCUGUUGACCCUGGAGAUGUAUUUUGGACGCACUUGGAACUUCUGAAGAAGUGCAAAUUUGUCGCCGUAAUGCAAAAGGAUGCGCCAAACGAUGAAAGCGAUGUAGAGAAACCUAUGAAGAUGCGAAGUCCAAAAGCUGCGAAAUCACGAUCGACGGUGGACCAACAGGCGCAUGUAGUUGGUAUGCCACUGGAUAACGCCGACUCUACCACUUUCACUUUAGCCACUUCCAAUCGAUCCGUUAACAAUGGCCAAAUACAGUUGUGGCAGUUUCUAUUAGAAUUACUGACCGACAAAGAACACAGAGAUGCGAUUCAGUGGAUCGGGACCGAGGGAGAAUUUAAGCUCAAUCAGCCGGAAGCGGUCGCACGAUUGUGGGGCGCACGCAAAAACAAACCGUCGAUGAAUUACGAGAAACUGAGUAGGGCGCUUAGAUAUUAUUACGACGGCGACAUGAUCUCGAAAGUUCACGGUAAACGGUUCGUCUACAAAUUCGUUUGUGAUUUGAAGCAGUUGCUGGGUUAUUCGGCCGCGGAGCUCAGUAGGCUUGUUGAGGAGGAAAGAAGAUAUACUUGAUAAAAUCGUCUUCUCAUGUGUAUUUCCAUAGUUACUACUGAUAGAAUAGCUCUCUUAAUGUUUCAUUUAAUAUAAUAACUCCGCUGCGAAUAAGCGAGUAUAAUACGUUUUUUAUCUUAAUAUAUUUUAUUUAACGUAGUAAUUUGAAGAUACUUGAGGAUACUUGAAUAAUUGUGCGCGAUGGACAAUUACGACGUAGCAACAGAAAAACUAUAUAUCAAAGUAGUUACUUCUGAGAUAACUUUUCGUACUGACUGAAGCAUUACGUCACGUUAUUUUUGCGUUAUCUGAGGAUUGGAACGAGCAAGGUUAUUGGGAUAGGUUAUUUUAAGCACAUCAUAUCAAGUGGGGAGGGGAGGUUGCGAGCAUGAUCACUUAAGUGCACGAAGUCAAAUACAAUGGCAUUAUUUACACAACACUAUAUAGAUCUAUUUUAACAUAAAUUAAGAAAAAUUAGAUUAUAUUAAGUAUUUUAACACACGUGCGAAUUUAAUCGUAUGAAAGUUUUUUGAAUGAAAACGCAGAAGUGACUACUUCCAUGUUUAUUUUACACCGGCAAUUAUAGGAUGAAAGACUAGAUACAGAUAUGCGUAUGAUGAAACUGAUAAUUCUUCAUAUCCUCUGUUUCUAAGGCAAAGAUUCAUCCUCUUUAUUGUAUGUGUACAGUACAUACAAAUGUAAGUAUACGAGCAUGUGUGUACAUAUAUUUAUAUAUGUGUAUAAAGACUAAUCAGGAGGACACGCUUAUUAUAAUACGCAUGUAUGUGUGUGUUUUAAUAGGCGUGUCUUCGAUUAUUACAAUCUUUUUGCAAAUGCCGAGGUAUUAUCAAUAUUAUUUCUUGAAGUCACAAGUUAUGUGAGAUCAACUUAAAGAUGUUACACUGUAUAAAUGAUAUAGAAAUAUGGUUGAGAGAAAACUGUUAAAUUUACAAGGGAACAUUUAGUCGCCAACAAUCGUAUAUUUUUAUAGGAACGUGCGUUAAAACACACACAAAUUCGAAGUUGUAUAUCUAAAUAUAUAAAUAUUUUGUAAAAUACGCUUUGAUAUGAUGAUAAAAUAUUGUAAAUGAAGCAUUUGAAUAAAUGACACAUAUCGUUGUGUGUUGCAAAAUAUUGGCUCGUACCAUAAAAUUAAACUUAGAAAUGUAUUAUUUAUAGCAAUGGUGUGCCAAUUGAUGUUACAUUAUAGAUAUGUGUAUCAUACAAGACGUAAAAAGAAACGAUUAACAAUGUUUUUUUCUUUUCUUCAUACGAGCGGGCGUACGCGUGUGCGUUUAUGCUUGUACGAGAGAAUUUUAUUCCGCAUUAUCUUUUUUGGGCGAUGGAACUUUAAGUGAUAUCGCAUGCAUUAACACUAAUAGAAUUACUACGUUGCGCCAGAUUUACGAAUUUUCUAUAUAGCACACCUGUAAUUUUAUUUAUACGUUAAUUGUAAAUAAUACCACACUCGUGUAUCAUUUAUAUCAUAUAAAACUUAAUCAUUUAUUUAUUUAAUUUAUAACAUCAAGAUUGAAACGCAGUUACAAUGGAAAAAAGAUUGCAACGCGUAUCUCGACGAACUUCAAAAUGCACCCAGUAGUUUUCCAGUAGGAAAAUUAUUUUCUGGGAAUUACCAAGGAAGAACCUAUUCUGUUGAACACGGGAUGCGUGGCGAGACUCGUUGAAAAAGAAAAAAAGAGUUACAACUUUUUUUCCACUGAACAUACAAUACAAGACGCUUCAACUCUAUUUGAAAUGAAGUCAUGCGAUCGAGAAGUGUCUUUUCUUACGAAUGAUGAUUUCGACAAUAUUGUCGUUUAUAUACGACGCAUGCCUCUCUCAUUCGAUUCUUUGAGUUUUACGUACACACACGUGCACACACCAAAACUUGAAUAUAGAACUCAACUAGUCAACGAGUAUCGUGUGACGCAAGCCGUUCGUUCUUCAAUCUUAUGACGUAUCGUACAACGGAAAUAGACGCGGAAUACGUGAGUGCACCGCGGCAAAAGUUGUCGUGACACGGUAGCCGUUUGUAUCUCUGUUGUUAGGACUGACUUUUGAUCGGCAAAAGGCAGCACUCAUCGCCAAUACCAGAGAAUCUAGCCUGUGAGAUAUCGGUCGCGACGUCACAAGUUAGGGUCUCAGGGAACCGGCGACGCGGCAGGCUUUACAAAUCAGCCCGCCCGCCAUUGCCCUUUUUUCUUUCUUUUUUUUUUACCACGCUCACCGCGCUCAUACUCUCUCCGUCCCGCCUUUUCUCUUCGUUCUGCCUUUCUCUCUCUCUUUUUUUGCAAGAAGAUCACGUGCAAACGGUAUGCUUUAUUUUUUAUGCGAUCCUAUGUCGCUGCUCUAGUUAAUUUCUUUCCAAUCACUGUGCCAAAAUUGAGCAGAUUUCAGCAACGAAGUGGAAGAGACAGCGAGAGUAUCUACAAAUUGUACGGUUCAAACUACAAAUCUCGCCAUCGGAAGAGUUACGUUCUUAUCAUACUUAUCAUAUACUCGAGAUCUCGGAUUCGAACGAGACUCUAUGAAGAUCUAGCAAGAUCGCGCGCGCUCGGAGAACAAGAAACGAAAGAGCCGAUGAGGGAAUAAAAAGAAAUGUUACCAUCUUCAUUACGCAAUCGUAAGAACGAACGCUCUGGACGGAGAAGCGCGAAUUCCGACAGAAAGUUUUCUCUCUCUCUCUCUUUCUCUCUAUCUCUUUGCAUAGGUUUAAAUCGAGAAACGAACGAUCACUCGAGCCUUCUUACUCUCGCAGGAGAACGACAGAUCGUCCCUCGACGCUUCAUUUCGCGGGGCACAUUCGCACCGGGAGAGGACGCGGCCGUACGCAUUCGCACUUCGACGAGCACCACGCACGCAUCCGCGUACUUCGCGCAUCGCAUUGAGGUCGGUGCACACUCGUGCACAUUCGACGGCCCUCCGAGAUUCUUAUCCUCCGCGGAUCCCGAUCCCCUGCCGAGACAUCCCCGCAGCACGUUGCAGCACGUCGCGGCGCCGACGACCGGGAAAGUUAGCAAGUU